AUGAUUGCACGAUGUGUUCCUGAAGAAGUCCGUAAACAAAGACUGGAGGACAAGAAGAAAGUCCUUGAAGCAAUGAAGGAAGACUGCGAGGGACAAAUGUCAUCCAUCUUGGAGAACACCAUUUUGUCCGGAGUGGCUUAUCACCAUUCGGGACUCACGCACGAGGAAAGGAAGCACAUCGAGGCUGCUUAUAGUGAUGGUAUAAUCUGUGUUGUUUGCGCUACUUCAACCUUAGCAGCUGGUGUGAACAUGCCAGCAAGACGAGUAAUAAUAAAGGCUCCUUUAGUCGGUUGUAGCCCUCUCGGCAAAGCGCAGUACAUGCAGAUGAUAGGACGAGCAGGAAGAGCCGGUUUUGAUCAAAAAGGUGACAGUAUCACCAUCGUGCGUCCCGGUAUGGAAGAGAGACAGUUUCGCUCAAUGCUAGCCUCACCUAUGAUGUCUUGUGCCAGCAGUUUGGCACGUUUGGAAUAUCUAUCAGCGUUUGUUGUGGAUUUGGUCACAUUAAAGAUCGCGAACUCAUUGGAUACGCUUUGCGAGGCUCUUACGCAUUCUCUAUUACAUGCUCAAGUAGGAUAUAGUGCUGUCAGAAAUGCAGCUACGGAAGCCAUUGAAAAACUGAAGGAGGACGGCCUGCUGGUUGAAGACGCUGAGGGUAUCCUCUCGUCAUCACAACUUGGUACUGCAACGUUCGCUGCGAAUCUCUCACCGCUAGAGGCUCAACGCCUUUCAGUAGAUCUCACGUCAAGUCUCAACAAUGGAUUGGUUUUCUCUUCACAUUUUCAUCUUCUUUUCACGAUAGCUCCCUAUGACGCUGCAUGUGCCGUGGAUUGGGAUCUGUUUCAUGCCCUUGUACGCUACUAA